CCUUCAACCUGCGCAACAUGUCGGAGCGGAACGCAUCAUUGGAGCCAUUCCUCCUCCUAGCUCGCUCUACAAAGGGUGCAGCAGCAGCCAAAGUGGUUCUGGACGCGACAGCGGCGAAUGGCGUCUACGUCUUCUCUGAGCUGCUCGAGCAGCCAAAUAUCAAGGCUCUCCAGAACGACCCAUCAUACGACAAGCACUACCGCCUGCUCGACCUGUUUGCGUACCGCACCCUCAGCGACUACAGGCAAUCACCUGACUCUUACCCACCUCUCACCGCCGCCCACCAGACCAAGCUGAAGCAGCUCACGCUUCUCUCCCUGGCACUGCAGCACCGCAGCCUUCCCUACGCGCAGCUCACCGAAGUACUGCAAGUUGGCUCCACUCGCGAGCUGGAGAACGUUAUCAUCGACUCCAUCUACGCUGGGCUCCUCCGUGGCAAGAUGCACCACCACGAGGAGGUCCUCCAUGUCGACUGGGUGUCCAGCCGCGACCUUGCCCGCGACGACCUCGUCAAGAUCCAGUCAAGUUUGAACAACUGGUCAACCAACGCCCAGACCAUCCUCGGCGCGCUUGACGAGCAGAUUGCGCGCAUCCGUUCCCAGAAUUUGGUCGAGGCUGAGCACAACGCCACGUACCAGAAGCAGCUGGAUCAGUCAUUCAAGCAUGCACGCGAUGAGCAGGCGGCUCGUCGUUCCGAGAAGAGCAAGUCUGGUGGCCCCAAGUAUAGCGCCGACUGGGACGACGAGGACUUCGACGGCCAUCUGGCAUCGGGGGAACGCAUCCUGCCUGGGCGUGGUGACCACCUUCCUGAUCCUCGUGCCAAGAAGCGCGUGAGGGACUAGACGGCAAGGCGACGCGAUCGCCACAGUGGAUAGUGGCGUGGCAACUGCAUCAUGACGAUAGACGACGUGCCGGCGUCAGCAGAUGGGGAUUGGGAAGGGACACGUCCACAUGUAAAUAGCAUUCAGAGUAGAGACGUUGU